CAGCACCUCCUUCUGUCUUGCGAGAACUGAUCUGCUAUCGCUGGUUCGCUGCCUCACUGCUUUCCUCUGUAAAAAAGACUCCUCAACAGAUUGGAGAUGAGAUCCGGUUUUUGUUUUGUGAAAUCCCUUCUUCUUAUGAUGGAAGCAUAAAAUCGUAGAAGCAAAGUUUGGCAUUCUUUUUGCCAGCCACAAAGAUGGAUUUCCGAUGACUUGAGGAUGCAGGUGAGUUAAAUUCCUGCCAUACCAUGGAGCCUUCCGAAAGCAGCGUGAAUCAGACCUUGGGCAACGCUCACAGGAACCUGACUUACUCUCCCUAUUAUCAGCACUUCCUGCCUGUUGCAGCUGUCUACAUCGUUGCCUACCUGUUCAUCUUUGCCCUGUGCAUGGUUGGGAACAGCCUGGUUUGCUUCGUUGUGCUGACAAAUGCCCGGAUGAGAACUGUCACCAAUUUGUUUAUUCUCAACCUGGCCAUCAGUGAUUUGCUGGUGGGAAUCUUUUGUGUGCCUACCACGCUAGUGGACAAUUUAAUCACAGGCUGGCCCUUCAGCAACAGCAUCUGCAAGAUGAGUGGGCUGGUGCAGGGGAUGUCCGUUUCGUCCUCUGUCUUCACCUUGGUGGCGAUUGCCGCGGACAGGUUCCGCUGCAUCGUGUAUCCAUUUAAGUCAAAGCUCACCCUUUUCCAAGCCCUCAACACCAUUGCUGUUAUUUGGGUGUUGGCUAUCACCAUCAUGUGUCCUUCUGCCAUCAUGCUCACCGUAGCUCAACUGGAGGAUAGCUACAUGGUGUACGAUGACAAUCAGAGCAUGGCUUACCCCUUGUACUCCUGCUACGAGGCCUGGCCUGACAGCAAGAUGCGUAGAGUCUACACCACAGUGCUUUUUGCCAACAUCUAUGUAGCCCCGCUGAUGCUCAUCACAUUCAUGUACGGCAGGAUUGGGUUUAAGCUGUACAGAUCUUCAGGCCCGGUGAGCCGGCACCAGGUGGUAAGUGAAGAUCGGUGCAAUGCAGUGGUCUCCAGGAAGAAGGUCAAGGUCAUUAAAAUGCUCAUCCUAGUGGCCUUGCUCUUCAUGCUGUCUUGGCUUCCCUUGUGGACACUGAUGCUUCUUACAGACUACGUCAAACUGGAGGACCAACAGAUCAAUCUGUUGGCCAGUUAUAUCUUCCCCUUUGCCCACUGGCUUGCCUUCUCAAACAGCAGCGUCAACCCCAUCAUCUAUGGCUACUUCAACAAGAACUUCAAGAGAGGCUUCCAGGCAGCCUUCAAACUCCAGCGUUGCUCUGAUGAGACAGUCCACCAAGAGGCAUAUCCUGAAAGGGCCACCAUCAGCACCAGAGGCUUUGGUGCUCGGAACAAAAUCUUCACUGACGGAGACUCCUCAGACUCAGUCUGCUUGAAGAAUUUACCCCAAAAAACUUCUUGCACCCUGCAGACUGAAUGUGAACCAAGGCAAGGACUUCGCCUUGAGGAUAUCGGUGACAUCACACCCGUGAAUAAAAUCUGCAAAGCUUGGGUCGCCUGAGAGAGAGGGUUCAACAGAAAUUUGGCUGAGAGGUACCGUUUACUUUGCUGAAUCUGACUUGAAUCGAUGGAAGCAGCAGAAUUGCCACUCAUUCACACCUUGCUUGGAUUCUAACUCACAUGUAGGAAUAACUUGCACGUCACGUGUGUUUUGGAUGCUCCAACAGCCAUUCAGCUGUGGUCGUUUAUUGAGAGCCAUUCUAUAUGUGAUGCAACUGUUGUAUGAGUUUGGGAAUAUCUCACUUCUAAAAAAGUUAAGAGAAUGAAAACCUCUGCAAAGCUGUCUUGAAGAACUGUGAGUGAGCUGCGGCUGCUGGAAAGUCCUUAAACCCUUCCCUUCUCUGCUUUUUCCACAUGUUAAAUAGCCCCUGUGAGCUUACCGUUAGCUCUACAGGAAUAAAAAGGGACAAGUUAUUCUAAUCAUGGAACUUUGUCAUCAUGUAUAUUUUGGCCCUUAGUUUGACUCAGCUUGGACCACACAAGGGGGGCGGGUGGUGUGGGGGGGUUGUGAUCUCAUUAUUUUACCAUGUUUGAGCUGCAGGGCUGCCAAAUCCAUCAACUGCCUUGGCUGGCCCCUCCAUCUGAUGCACAAGGGGAUCCACACAGUUUUGAUCUGCUCUAACUCUACAAUACUCGGAGUCUUUUUGAUAUGCCUCAGCAACCCUAAAAACUGCACUUUUGCACUGAUGCAAAAGUUCCUUCAUUCUAUGUCAUUUUUUAAAAUGUCCACAAUACACUAUACAAUCAGGUUCUUGGUGAACUGGAUUAAGUUUGCACAAACCUAAAUCCUUGGUUUAACUGCACCUUGUGGAUUGGGAUCUGUGAGUCUCAUUUGUGUGAAUUGCAAGUGUUACUGAUGACCGUGGCCUUCUUUGGUGUAAACUAGUCAAACUCAUAUCAUAGCUGACCAUAAAU